UGGUGUUCGUGCGACUGCACGCGGCAAAUCUACCGAAGGAUCGUUGAUGGAGCAGAAAGAAAUCGUUUCAACGGCUCGAGGAUGACCGUCACAAUGGAACACAAGCGGAAGAGCUCGUGGGACUCGAAGAUCUCUGUGAGCACAGUAAGCACAAGAAGAUUCAGCCGUGCCGGGACACCGAGCUCGAUUCUUUCCUCGGACAGCGACAUUCGUUUCACGAGGAAACUCGGCGGACAAUAUCGUUGCGGGUGCUGCGUGCUGGCUGCGUUUCUACUCUUCCUUCUGUUCUCCGGAGUCUCCAUAUACCUCGGCUACACGUUCCUAACAUCGGAUCCUCCAGGCGACCAGAUCUUCUUGGCGACUUUCCGCGUUACCGAAGGAGACUCGUUCGCUUCGGAACUAGCAGAUCCCUCUACCGAAGCCUUUCGAAUACGAUCGCGGGAGUAUAGAGAUCGGCUGAAUCUUAUCUUUCGUCGCAGCUGGCUGAAAAUCUCCUUCAUUGCCGCGGAGGUAUUAGCGCUCGAUGGAUCGGAGGCUGACGAUUUGGUCGUGCACUUUGACGUCCGAUUCGAUCCACGUUACCAGACCAUUACCACCGCCGACAUUGUAGACAUUCUGUCGCGAGAAAUAAAUCCCGAAACCUCUAGGUACUUGACGAACCUGACGAUCGACUCGCAGAGUCUCGAGGUUCAAGAAAGCAUAAAAGCGCUGACCGCUCAGGUCAGUUUGCAAACGACCGUUUCGACGCCCCCGCCGACGACCGCGGCACCGCCUCCUAGAAGAUGCAGCGAAGUGGAUCUCUCCUAUUGUAAACAUCUUCCUUACAACGUCACGUCUUAUCCAAACAUAUUGGGACAUCGUUCCUUGGCCGACGUGGAAGAAGACGUGAUCGCUUUCAGGGAACUGGUCGACGCGGAAUGUUACCGAUUGGCGUACGAUUUUGUAUGCCAAGUUCUGCAACCGGCGUGCGUACCAAGCCAACCGGAAGACCUACUACAGUUACCGUGCCGAAGCUUCUGUCGAGAAUUCUGGAGCGGAUGCGGCAGUCGACUUCCCGAAAGAAUCAAGAGGCUGUUGGACUGCUCGAAUUUUCCAGAGUACGCGGACCAAGGUGGCUGCAGGGCAAAACCAGGAUGCGUGCAAGCGCUUCAAGCGAAGGCAUUGUCACCGAGAAUCUGCGACGGCGUGAUCGACUGCCCUGACCUUUCGGACGAGAAAAAUUGCGCUUAUUGUCGCGACGGUCAUAUGCAUUGCGGCGUAGGCAGAACAUGCAUUCCGCGCACCAAGAGAUGCGAUGGAAAAAUGGACUGCGCGAAUGGCAGCGACGAAAAGGAUUGCCUGUCCUUAGCGCCAAGCAUUCGAGCCAUCAAAUCUCAACCAUCGGACACUCCGCAUGCAGCAAAGUACAACAGCGAGGGCUUCGUAGUGUUCAACGAGAAAGGUAGCAUCGGUAAACUAUGCACCGCAAACCUAAAUGCAACACUGCCCGAAACAGAAGUUGAAAACGUUCUUCAAACCGCCGCCAGUUCCCUGUGCAAUUUGCUGACGUACAUAGGCGUGAAAUCUGUGGAAAUAAGAAUCGACGACGAAGAGGACGUACAGUACGUGCACAUGGAGGAUCCGUCAGCCACGGAAAUCACUUUUGUCAGGGCGUCCUGUCCAAGCAAAGAAGUUAUGUACAUCCGUUGCUCUGAACUUGAGUGCGGCAUGCAGUCGUUACGCGGAAAGAGUGGUACGCGGGGUCUCAGUAAAAUGGCGGAGCCAGGCGAUUGGCCCUGGCACGUGGCUCUGUUCAAGGAAGAUGUACAUGUAUGCGACGCAACUCUCAUUGCAGAAAAUUGGUUAAUCACCACAGCGUCCUGUUUUCAGGGUCAAUCGAAAGCAGAAUGGUCCGCGAGAAUGGGUACCGUUCGACUUUCGAGCACCUCGCCUUGGCAACAAGAACGCAGAAUCGUCGGCAUGACCAAAUCGCCGGUAGAAGGGAGCACUACGGUAUUAUUGAAGCUGGAUCGACCUUUGACCACGUUCUCCGAUUUCGUUAGGCCGGUUUGCCUACCAUCGAGUCAAGAUCCACCGGCGAACGCGUCUCACUGCAACACUCUAGGCUGGGCGAGAAAUCGCGAUUUGCUCCAGAGGGUACAGCUUAGACGCAGCGCGAUGGAGAAAUGCGAAAACAUUAGUAUUGCGUCAGUGAAUAGCAUUUGCACGGAACCUGCCUACUCCACCGACGAUUGUAGCGAAGAAGAGGUCGCCGGUAGUCCUAUGUUAUGUCUUCAAUCGGACGGUCGCAGAUGGUCUCUGACAGGUGUCGGUAGCUGGCGAAUAGCUUGCUCGAAAGUCGGCGUUGAAAGGCCACGAUUGUACGACAAAGUUUCGUCGAACAUCGCUUGGAUAAAGUCAACGAUCGAGUGAUUGCUUCACACGAAAUUAUCGUUGCACAAAUUUUCCACGUGAACUUUCUGUUCAUAAUUUGUGGUGUAGAUUGCUCGCCCAUGCGACUGUAAAGUACACAAACAUUGUAAAUUACCGCGUUUAGCGCGUUGCGUUGC